GGAACAUUUUCCAAACUUUUUGGACCCUGGCCGCCAAUGCUGGGGUCUUAUCGGUGACGUGUGGUUGGUCAACUCUGCUUAUCGGACCCCACCCCUUGGAGAAAAAAAAGUUGCUGAACCAUGAACGGCCAUUGAACUGCACUUCACUUUGCGAUUGAGUGCAUGCGCUGGAGCUUCGAGUGGCCGCAUCUCUCUCCAACUUGAACUCCCUUCCAUCCCAACAACCCACUCUCCAAAACAUCACCACCGUCGCAGCAAAGAGAGACCGCGGCAAUCUCUUUCUCGACAACUGUACAUAUAUCCUACAUCCAGUAUUCCUAGUCUCCACCCCCGCGAUAGACGAUCGAGACUGCACCCCUCCCGUCUCCCACCACGCGCCGAAAGGCCGACCGGAUUCCCACUUUGCGACGCGAUCGAAAUAUCGACAUCGGCUCUCCUCACGAUACAAUACGAUACCCAUAUAGCCGAAAGAUAGAAAGAAAUACACAACCAUGUCGUCUUUGGCCUCCCAGUUGGCCCAGAUCGCCACCAACUCGCGGUCGACGCUCAACACCAAGGUCCUCAAGGCCGCCCACUCCAAGUCAUUGAUCUUCGAGCCCCGCGUCGCCGCCACCCAGACAUACCCCGAGAUCUACUCGAUAUGCCUUGAAGGCUUUGAAGAGCUAUGCAACCUCGAUUCGCGCUUCGCCAAGUUCGCCCAGUCGCUAUGGAGCGAGCAGAGCCAGGAGGCCGACAGGACACAGAUGAGCGCCGCUGAGAACGCCGCCCUCGAUAAACAUGUCGAGGCCUUCCUCCACCUCUGCGGCAGCAGGUUGCGUCUCAUGCCCGCCAUCAAGGCCAUCGAGUGGUUGAUUCGCCGGUUCCGCAUCCACGAGUUCAACACCGCUGCCCUCAUCGCUACCUUCCUCCCAUACCACACCAUCCCGGCCUUUGUGACCUUGCUGUCCAUCCUGCCCGCCAACAUCCCCAAGGAGUACCGCUUCCUCGACCCCUACAUCCGCUCUCUGACCGCGCCCCCUCGCGCCGCCAUUGUCCAGCAAGCGACGAACCGCCCCGAGCUGCUUACCGCCAUCUCCCAGUAUACCCUCGAUUCUUGCAAGUACCAGAUGGAAUACCCCGGCCUCAUCUCCUUCUGGGGUGGUGUCAUGGUUGAAGCCACCAACGGUCUCCUCGACAAGUACCGUUCCGGCAGGAGAAGCAUUCAGAUCGAGAACGACAACGCCCUUAUGCAGCAGCUUGGCCCUGUCCUGAGUGAUGCCAUGGUCAUGAAGAGCUCCCCUGGUCUCCAGAUUGCCAGCUACAUGGUUGUGACUAUUCUUGCUGCCAAGGGCGGUCUCGCCGACAACGCUCUUACGGCCUUCAUGGACCAGCUCGUCCAUGGUUGGACUCCCGAGACGAUGCGCCCUGGUCUCGUCACCCUCUGCAUCAUCUCCCAGCACCGCUCCGCCAAGCAGCUUUCUGCCAGAGUCACCAAGGCUCUCCUCAAGGUUCCUGAGCUUGCCUCCGUUAUGAACGAGAUUGGCAAGGACCACAGAGUCGAUAAGCUGGCCAACGGCCUUGCUCUUGCUCUGGUCGACAGACUCCACAAGAAGGGUGAUGUCCGCAGUCUGCCUGUGGUCAACUCGCUACUCCUUGGCAACGUUCUCCGUGAGAAGCAGAUUAAGGUCGUCUACAAGUCUCUGUUGGUUGCUGCCCACAGAAUCAACGACCAGGUUGAUCAGGAUGGCGCGAUUCGCAAGGAGCUUGGCACCAUCCUGGUCAGCUUGUCCCAGGCUGGUGGUGAGGUUGGCGAUAUCGUCCGUGCUACCAUCGAGGAGGUUGACUUCGACAUUGAUGCUCUUGAGUUGACUCUUGGCGCGUCCAUUCGCCCCAAGCUCGCCGUUGAGGAUGCGCCCGAGGCCGCUGCUGAGGACAACACUCCCAAGGUUGACAAGGAGGCGGAACUCGCGCAGAACUUCGAGAAGCUCUCCAAGCUCAAGCCUCAGACUGCUUCGUGCUUCGCUGAAGAGCCUCUUGAUCUUCUCGAGGAGCUCUACUCGCUCUUCUUGUCCGUUGCUGCCGACGAGACCAACCUCUACAAGUUCGAUGAGGCCCCCGUUCUCAGCCGCCCCCAGGCCCCUACCAAGCUCUUCUAUGCCAGCUUCUACAUGCGUCUCUGGUGCGGUUCUCUUCCCACUUUGGCCAAGGUUGCUGCUCUUGACCGUGUCAAGAACCUCCUGAAAGAUGAGGAGUUCGCCAAACUGGACUUCCAGGCCGUCGUUCCCUAUGCCAUUGUCGCUCUUAGUGACCCCGCCAAGAAGGUCCGUCGUGCCGCUGCCGAGCUGGUCACUGUUCUGGGAUCUUUCUACGAGACCAAGCCCAGCAAGGCUCGCCGUGUUUGGGGCUCUGAGGGUCUCUAUGCCAAGACCGCUGCUGUCAGCUGGCUAGACUUUGAUGCUACCAAGUCCCUCCUCCACUCCGUCCUGAUUCCUUCUCUCGAGGAGUCCCUCCUUCACGAGGACCACAUCUUGGCUGCCCUCACCAACGCUCUGGAGAGCUCCAAGUCCAAGGACGGCGACAAGAAGCACCUGUCCCACGCUACCAGACUUGCCAUCUUCAAGUUCCUUUCUAGCCAUGUUGUUGGAACACCGCUUAUUGCGGUCAAGCUGAGACUCCUGCAGCCGCUCAACCAGAUCAAGAGCAUCUCCGGUACCUCCAGAACCGACCUACUCCUUCCUCUGUUGCAGUGGUGGGCCCGCCUGUCCGAGGCAGAGGCUCAGCAGCUCCUUGCCCGCGAAGCUGUGGAUGAGGCCUCUGUCAACAAUGCUUUCGUUGAUGUCGUCGUUGCCAACAAUGAGGCUGGUCUCAAGCUGAUCUUCGAACUCAUCAACAAUUCCAAUGUUGUUGCCCGCAACGGCCUCGUCCAGUCGCUCUUCGGCCGUAUCCAGAAGAUCUGGUCUUCGAUGAAGGCCGAGACUCAGUUCUCCACCGCUCGCGCUCUGCUCACUCUUUCUCAGGCCGUUCACCCUACCGCCUCAGAGCCAGACGUCGUUGCUACCGAGGCUACCGACGUUUUGCACAAGGUCGAGCUGACUACCGAUAUCCUGCUUGACUUCCUCGAGUCCCUGUACGAUGAUAUUAAGAAGGCUACCGAGAAGCCGGCGACCAAGCGUAGACGUGUUGGCUCGUCUGAGAAGAGCGUCGACACGCAAAGCCCUGCCGAUGUCAGCGCCAGCCUCAACAAGGCCACCUUUGUUCUCGAACUUGUUCAGGAGUCGAAGCCUGAGGAGCAUCCCGAGUUGCUUCCCAGCCUCUUCACCACUCUUUCUGAGCUCCAGCAUCUCCGUACUGUUGUCGGCUCUGAACUGGGUUACCUCCAGAGCCUGGUUCUCAGCAGUCUGCUUGCCAUGAUUCCGGCUUACAAGGACAGCAAGGAGCUCACUAUUGACCCCGCGGCUGGCCAUGGUGAUAUCCUCGCCUCCUGCAUCCAGCGGUCUUCCAGCCCCACCGUCAUCAACGCUGCCCUGCUGUUGGUUGCCAGCCUGGCUCGCACUGCGCCCGACGUUGUCUUACACAGCGUUAUGCCCAUCUUCACUUUCAUGGGCAGCUCUGUCCUCAAGCAGGCUGAUGACUAUUCCGCUCACGUUGUCAACCAGACCGUCAAGGAGGUCAUCCCUCCUUUGAUCGAAACCUUCCGCAAGAGCAGGAGGAACUUGGUUGCCAGCACUGCCGAGCUUCUUACCAGCUUCGUCGUUGCCUACGAGCACAUUCCUUCUCACCGCAAGCAGGAUCUCUUCAUCACUCUCAUCGAGAACCUCGGACCCGAAGAUUUCCUCUUUGCCGUCCUUGCCAUGUUCGUUGACAAGUAUGGUGCUACUGACAACAUGCUUGCUUUCACUGCGCAAAUCAUUGGUUCCUUUUCGGUGGAGAUUCAGCUGCAGACCCUCAUCAAGCAUCUGGAUCUCAUCAGCGACAUGUUCAAGCCCAAGCCUGUCCUCUCCGCUGCUCUGCUCGCCAAGGUCGACUCCAACUCCUCGCAGGAUGUUCAUGAGCUUGCUAAGAAGCAGCUUACCCUCCUCCCGAAGUUGCUUGCGAACCGUCGUCUGAGACGCGAGAUCUCCGGUUUGGCUGAGAAGGACGAUAUGGAAUCCGUCAAGAUCCGUGAGCUCUAUGCCCAGCUCCUCGAGGGUGUCCUCACGCUGGCUGGCACCGUCAAGGCCAAGAAGACCCUUCACGACCGCUGCGGCGAAGCGCUCUCGAACCUCCUCAACCUGCUGUCCAUUGCCGAGUUCAUCAAGAGUGUUGAGGCUCUUCUUGACCGUCCUAACGUCACUUUGCGUCAGAAGGUCCUCCGUGCCUUGGAGCACCGUGUGGACAGCGAGAGCACCAACAACCCCAAGUCGAGGGAGGCUUUGCUUGCUUUCUUGCCCCAGCUGACGGCUGUCAUCCGCGAGUCGGACGACAUGAGCUACAAGCACACCGCCGUCAACUGCGUGGACAAGAUCGCCGAGAAGUAUGGCAAGAAGGAUCUCGACGCCGUUGCCGCUGCUGCGGCCACCAUUGCUGGCGACAGCUGUCUUGGCCAGCCGUCUCAGGAGCUCCGCGUUAUGGCUCUUCUCUGCCUUGCGUCUCUCGUGGAUGUUCUGCAGGACGCUAUUGUCCCUGUCCUGCCUAUUGCCAUCCCCAAGGCUCUUGGCUGCCUCGAGGAGAGCAUCAAGGCCGAGAAGCCCGAUGGUGCGCUGCACAACGCUGCCUAUGCCUUCAUGGCCGCUCUUGCCCAACACAUUCCUUACAUGAUCUCGGGUGCCUACCUCGACAGACUCCUUGCCUGCUCCAACGCUUCUGCUGCCGCUGGUCUGGACGAGGAGUGCCGCGCCAACCGGGCUGACUGCCUCCAGUUUGUCGCCAAGCUCAUCGAGGGCAAGGUGCUCUUCACUGCCCUGGAGAAGAACUGGGUCAACGCUGCUGCUUCCGGAUACUCGGCUCUCGAGGAGUACCUCCACGUCCUUGGCACCGCUUUGGACAAGCACCCCAAGUCCUCCAUUGCCAAGAACACCGCCCUCUUCACCGGCAUCUUCCUCAACGCCUUCGACCUUCGUCGCAGCGGCGUCCUCUCUUCUACCCAGGAACUGGAAAAGAUCGAGCUCCUCAUCAACGAGACCUCUCUCAAGAUGAUCUACAAGCUCAACGACGCCGCCUUCCGCCCCAUGUUCUCCCACCUCAUGGAGUGGUCCACCACCGGCCUGCCCAAGUCCGACCUGGCCGGCAAGGCCCAGCGCCAGGUCAGCACCUACGGCUUCCUGCAGCACUUCUUCGAGAACCUCAAGUCCAUCGUUACCUCGUACGCCUCGUACAUUAUCGACUCGGCCGUCAAGGUUCUUUCUACUCCCCUUAGCGGUGACGACGUCCUCAAGACCCUCCGCUCUCGCGUCCUCCGCACCCUCACCAAGUGCUUCGAGCACGACCAAGACGGCUUCUGGCAGGCGCCCGCGCACUUCAACGCCGUCGCGCCCGUGCUGGUCGAGCAGUUCGGCCACGCCGCUAGCGCCGACAACUGCACCGAGGAUUUGGUGCUCACCGUUGUCGAGCUGGCUGCCGCCGCCGACAGCAAGGAGCACCACAAGGAGAUCAACUCGGCCCUGCUCAAGCACCUCCGGUCGGAGCAGGCGGCCGUCAGGUUGGCGGUCAUCAAGUGCGAGCAGGCCCUCACGGCCAGGCUGGGCGAGGAGUGGCUCCAGAGCUUGCCGGAGAUGUUGCCGUUUAUUAGCGAGUUGCAGGAUGACGACGAUGAGGUUGUGGAGAGGGAGAACAGGAAGUGGAUCGUGGCGAUUGAGGAGACGCUUGGUGAGGACUUGGAUAAUAUGUUGCAGUGAGGGGUUGCUGGGGGUAAAGGCGAUUGUUGGAAGAGUACGUAAUGUGAUUAAUGGUCACGGAACGACGUUUAUGUGUGGUAUAUGAUCAAUGUUCUUG